AACUCACGUAAACAGGCGAGAAUGGAGGUUUGGGGCCAUGACGUCGAGUAUUGGAAUGUUAGUGCCUGGAGUGCCUCGUAACUUCUGCUACGACGACUUUAGUAUCGCGGAAAAUGCCAUCGACUCCAGGGCUUGCACUCGCCGAUCACGUUUCUAGUCCGAAUGCGCGGCGCAGCCCAAACCGACAUACCUCGUACCUGAACGACCUCCUACUUCACUCUUGAAAACGACCCUUCAUACCAUGAUCCAUUUGUCUUCAUUAUUACACUGUGCCAGCAAACGAUCCUCGUACUCCAUCUGAUCUUACCCGACUGCCACACUGUUGUGUGUCACUUCCUCCAGAGGCGCACUCUCCAGCACCCUCUCUCCCUCCUAUAUUCUUUUGAUCCGACCACAACACACCCGAGCCACAAACUUUGAUCAACACAUCAUCAAUAAUCACUCUGAAACACUGACUAAACCCUGAACAAAAUCAUUGAAUUCUCCAUACAAGAUCGAAACCUCCCCAUUACACUCAGAAUCCACAUCCAAGCAAGCGAACAUGCCUAAUAGAGGGCCCACCUUGAUCAAUUUGCCGCCUCCCCCAUCUGACCCGGCCACACCCAGCGAGAUGGGCCCUGGGACUCCGAAUUCGACCACCACCUCCCUCUCAACAUUAUCUGUCGUUGCGAUCAAAGACGGUGCAAUGGGCCAUGGCGGCAGAGGUGCUACUUCAUCAGCAAACACCCUAGAAGCCGAACGAGCCGAUCGAAUUUCACGUCUUGCUGGACUAGAAAGGGUCGGUGCGUCUCGGCCAACACCACUCGGGCAUCUGGCUCCUGGAUCGGGUGGUGUCUAUGGCCAAGGCUUUGACAACGUUCCGCAGUUCAAGGAGCGCAGUACUGUUGGAAGCGCAAGUGCAACAGGCAGCGUUGGUGGUAGAACAACAUGGGCUAGUGGCAGCAUUGACUACGACGCAGAUAAGAUGAGCGAAGACCAAGAGGAUGGAGUUUCCAGUACCGGUGGAUUUUCUGACGAGGACAAGGCCAGCUUGGUGGGCUUCGGCGAAGGUGCAGGAAGCACCGUAAGUGGUCCAGUCUCUACGCCCUACGCCACACGCGCUUCAGUCUCUCGAACCAGUACCGGGGUCAAUGCGCCAUCAACACCUCGGACGGGUACGAUGCCGGCUUUUGGAUCAGGUCAGAGCACGCCUAUGAGUGGCAUCACCCCCAGCGCUGCGGCUGGCAGCAUGGACCCGAAGAUGAUGGAUGGGAUGAGCUACGAUCAAGACAUAGUGGACACGACCAUGCAACCAGCACCACCUGUUGAUCAGUCUGCAGAAGGUCACGGUCACCGGUUCUCAGGAUUUGGCACAGAGGUUGCUGAGGGUAUCAUGCGGGAUAGGCUAAACCCCAGUGGCCAGCCUCAUUCCUCACUGGGAAGCGCUGAUGGUCAGACCUUGGGCAAGUUUCCAUUCGAGAAAGAGUAGACCAUGCUUGACUCCUUGUGAUGCCUUUGCAGUGCAGACGAGAGCAUUCCAUGAAACCCCUCGGGUGUUUUUCUUUGCGACGAAUUCUUAUGGAAGAGCGGAAUUUUAUUUGGGAUGUACGAUAUCACGGCGCAAUGGUGAUGAAGCUGGGAGCAGGUCCUGCCAAUGUGAGAAGGAAUCGACUCUAGAGCGUGGCGCUUUGAAGACGAGCCUUUGUAGGCCUGGUCUCUUGUUCUGUUUGGAGACCUUGAAAUGCGUUAAGAUUCUUUCAGGGAAUUACUUGUACUAUUAGGUAUCCGUAGAAGGAGCGCAAUUCCAUUCUGGCGGGAACUUAUGUGGA